AUGCUUGUGCAGGACUUCGGUCGUCGAUUUGGUCGCUGGGGUGCCGCUGCUUGCCCCGACCUGAAAGACAUCAUUGCAGAUGUGGAAUCUGGCGCCAAAGUAGCCAGCGGAGGCAAGAGUGGCACCUCGCCACUCCGAUCUUCAAAAUUUGUUGUGAAGUUGAUCGACCCCAUUGAGCACAAAAUGCUGCAUCACUUGCUGCACAAGUUGAAAGGGUCCAGGCAUUUUGAGCACCAAGCAGUCGCUAAUCCCUUGAACACCAGGGACGAAAAUGGAAAUUGA